AAACUGAACAUUCACCCCUACUUGCGCGUGGAAGACCGAUGAGAUUCGGAUAUUGAAAGGCCAAUGUUGAGCUUUUACAAACUUUCCGCUUUAAACGAGAUUAUUUGGAUUCUCAAGCACGUCUACGGACUACUUAGUACUUCUCUUAAUUUCAGAUUUUUAAAUUUAAAUUAAAAAUGGUUUAAAAUUUAGCAAAUUACUUCCACAUUCCCAAAAAUCCCAUUCAAAUCGAAUAAAUUGACGAAGAAAAUUGGAAGUCUUUGUCAAUUCUCCCCUUUUUGUCCCAAUCUUCUCCAUUUGCUAGGGCUCUUAUCUUUGCUAAUCGAAUUUCCAUUAUUGGCAGAAAACUUUGUUGAGUUACCAGACGACAGAUACCAAUAUAAUUCAAGGUAAAAUGAGUGUUGUUGGGUUUGAUAUUGGAAAUGAGAAUUGUGUUGUUGCUGCUGUGAUACAAAGGGGGAUUGAUGUGUUGUUAAAUGAGGAAUCGAAAAGGGAGACACCAGGUGUGGUAUCAUUUGGGGAGAAGCAGAGGUUAUUUGGUUCUGCAGCUGUUGCUUCUGCGACUAUGAAUCCUACAUCUACUAUCUAUCAGGUGAAAAGACUGUUAGGUCGGAGAUUCGAUCAUCCUAAGGUUCAAGAUGAUUUAAGGUUGUUCCCCUUUGGGACUUCUGAGGGUCCUGAUGGUGGUAUUUUGAUUCAUGUACAAUAUUUAGGGGAGCAACAUAAUUUUACUCCUGUGCAACUGUUGGCAAUGCUUUUUUCACAUUUGAAGCAGACAGCCGAGAAAAGUUUGGAAGCACCUUUUAAAGAUUGUGUGAUUGGAAUACCCUCUUACUUUACUAAUUUGCAGCGGUGCCUUUAUCUGGAUGCUGCUGCUAUUGCAGGUCUUAAGCCUAUAAGGUUGCUGCAUGAUUGCACAGCUACUGCCCUCGGUUAUGGGAUUUACAAGACAGACUUCUCUGACAAGGGCCCAUCCUAUGCUGCCUUUGUUGAUAUUGGACAUUCUGAUACUCAAGUUGCAGUUGUUGCGUUUGCACCUGGACACAUGAAAGUACUUUCUCAUGCCUCUGACAGUAACUUAGGGGGUCGAGACUUUGAUGAGGUGCUCUUUCGUCACUUUGCAGGGCUAUUUAAGCAGAACUAUAACAUUGAUAUUUAUUCUAGUCGCCGAGCUUGCAUUCGGCUCCGGUUAGCUUGUGAGAAAUUGAAGAAGGUCUUGAGUGCAAACCUUGAAGCACCGCUUAACAUUGAGUGCUUGAUGGAUGAGAAAGACGUGAAAGGCUUUAUUACAAGGGAUGAAUUUGAAAAGCUCUCGUCAGAUCUUUUGAAGGGGAUAGCUGAACCAUGUCAAAAAGCUCUGAUAGAUUCUGGUGUCGCAGUUGAGAAGAUUCAGUCUGUUGAGCUUGUUGGUUCAGGAUCGCGAAUACCAGCCAUUACCAGAGUUCUGUCAUCAGUUUUUGGAAAAGAACCUAGUCGCAAGCUAAAUGCCAGUGAAUGUGUUGCUCGUGGUUGUGCACUGCAAUGUGCUAUGUUUAGUCCAAACUUUCGCGUGAAAGAUUACCAGGUGGAGGAUUCUCAACCAUUCUCCAUAGGUUUUUGUUUACUUGAGGAUGGCCCCAUACAUGCACUUCCAAAUGGUGUAUUAUUUCCUAAAGGUCACUCAAUUCCUAGCGAAAAGGUGCUUACAAUGUGUAAAAGCAGUGAAUUUCAAAUGGAAGCCUUCUAUGUUGAUGAACAUGAAUUACCUCCAGGUGUAUCUCCAAAAAUCAGCAUUUUUAAGAUUGGUCCUUUUCCGGUGGCUGAUACUGAAAGUGCUAAUGUGAAGGUGAAAGCUGUUCUCACUCUAGAUGGGACAGUCACUUUACAAUCUGCCUUUCUUGUAGGGGGCUCUGUAGACGAACCAGUUAUGAGAAGCAACCCAGACAUAUCCUCGGGAUCGAUGGAAGCAGAAUUUGAGAAUCAAUCUCCCGAUGCAGAAAUCAGUGCUGUAGAUAAGCAUUUUGCAUCCAAGCCAUUUUCAGCAUCCUAUAAUCACAAUAGGAAGGAUAAAACCAUGGCUCGGUUGGCAUUACCAAUUGAUGAGUGUGUAUUAGGUCGCACAACUGAUACAGAAUUUCUAAAAGCUACAGAAGCUGCACUAGCCGAUCAGGACUACAAGGUUGAGCAAGCCAAAGAGAAGAAAAACACCCUUGAGUCUUAUGUGUAUGAAACUCGCAAUAAGAUUUUGAGUACAUACAAGGAUUAUACUUCAGAGCCAGAAAAGGCAGCCAUCUGUGAGAAGCUACAGCAGACCGAGGACUGGCUUUACGAGGAUGGAGUUGAUGAAUCUGCACAUGUUUAUGCUGACAGGCUGCACGAUCUUAAAAAGUUGGUGGAUCCAAUCAAAUACCGCUAUAAGGAAAACGAGAGCUGGCAACAUGCAGUGAAUACUGCGGUUGACACGAUAAAAGAAUGUCAGAUAGCUGCACGAUCACUUACAGACAAUGAAAAAGAAACUGUUCUAGCUGAAUGCACUAAUUUGGAACAGUGGCUGAGAGGCGCAACUCAAGAGCACGAUUUGCAGCCCAAAUAUGAUGAUCCAGUGAUAUGCUCAAGAGACAUUGAAGAAAGUGCAAAAAAAUUACGAGAGUUUUGCAGGCACAAAUUAAAUGCAAAAGGUUAUCAUGGUGGAUCAGACGAUAACGCAUACUCAGAUCACAAGAGCAAAGGAGAUGACAUGCAAGUAGAUUAACGUCCCAUUCCACUUAACAUUAUGGCCGUACUCAAAUGAUUACGGUCAGCAUGAAUCUCUUUUUUCAGGUCUUUGGCGAAGUAUUAUUAACCUGUGUGGCUUUUACACAGUAGAUCCAAUCAGAAGUCCAUGAUUUACGAUUGUACAAACAGUUAACUCAAUCCAACAUUCCUAGCCACCGCUACAACAAGGCAAAGAAAGCGCUAAACGUAGCCUAUUUUAGCCACGCGAUGUCACAAACAUGUAUACUUGCGUGUGCCUUGAUGAGUUAUGAUGAGUUAGAAACAUUCAUAUAGUAUCUUCGGAUAUCUGUCUUUUUCUAUAGCAUAGCUAUUGUUACCAAUGCAAUUUUAGUGUGCCGUUUCUUGAUACAUACAUUAGAUACAUUUUGUCUUCGACCGCCAUUUUGUUCGUUGAUGUAAUCUUAUUUUAUAAGUAAUUAAUCUU